UUAGGUAAAAAAAUCUUGGCAAUAAGGGUGGAGGGCGACGAGCUGAGGGAAAGAUUGACAUGUGCGGAAGAAGAGAAUAAGGCCAUUAUGGACAAGGUGGCUGACCUUUCCUCUCUCCAUGAGUUGAAGGUCACUACAAAGGUAAUGACCAUGAAGGAGUUGACUGAGAUCAAGGACUAUGUUGUCCAAGAGCACAUGGAGGGAUUUAAGAAGGCCAUCCAUCAGAUGCACUUCUUCGUAGGGAGCGGCAUAUCUUGA